AUGUUCGAGGCCGUGCCUUUAUCUAUCAGUUGGGUCUUCAGCGAUGCUACAUUGGGCAGGGCUUACUUCAAAGGUGGUUGCAACGUGGGCGUCUCCCUGAUAUGUUUGCUCUGCCUCGGCUCCGUACGCGCUCCAGGCUCAUUGAAAGAUCUUGCGGAACGCGAAGUCCGGCUCCCCCCCAUGCGAGAGUACUUCGCCCAGACGUCCAACCAUCACGUGUGCAGCGUUGUCGUUCAGAGGUCCGUCAGCCGCGUGUGCAGCAUUAUCGCCCCGUCGUCCUUCAGCCGCGCGUGCAGCGUUAUCGCCCAAGCGACCUCCAGCCGCGUGUGCAGCGCUAUCGUCCAGUCGACCUUCUGCCGCGUGUGCAGCAUCAUCGCGCAGUGGAUAUCCCUCUCCCAGCCGACCUUCCUCGGCUGGGGGCGGAUCUCCGAGCAGUGUGGCGACGUCAUCUGGACCAAGGCAUUCUCCUCGGACUUUUACUGCGAGGCUUAUGAGGCGCUGAGUGAUUCGGUGGUUUGGAGCUCUGUUCAGAAUCUUUUCGAUCGGGCCAAUCGGGUUUCCAAGACGAAGACCAUCUCCGUCAAGCACCCCCGCAAUGCGUCCGUGAUUCUAGGUCUUGUUUAUAAGUAUCUCGACCUUUACCUGCGUGCCAGCUUUGAUGGACUUAAUAUAGAAAUGCGGCGCAGGAACGAGCGGUACGCCUUCACGGGCGAGCUGGUAUUCAUGGACAAGCAGACUACCAUACCGUUCCUUGAGGAGCCUCGUGGCGGUGGAGGCUUCGGUGGCAUGAUGGCCAACUUCAAUAACGUCAUGGAGGACAUCCAGAGCGAGUUGGCCUCCCUGGCGACCCAGAUGGCGCAGGCCAAGCAGGCGCGUGAAGCUGCCGAUCAAGGCCCCGCCAAGGGGUUGGUCCAGGCGCUGACGGCCGUCGUUCGUCCUGCGGCAGCGGCGGCGCCAACCGACGCCCGGCUUGUGGGCACGGCGAAGCGCCUGGCGGAGUUCGCGCUUCCAGACUCGAGCGCAACUGGUGCCCCGGGCAGCGCCGACCCCGAGGUCAAGCGCUUGCGUGCGGAUCUUGAUGCACUGACCAGUCGCGUGGGCGCCCAGUCCAAGGACAUCUCCGAGAUCAAGUCGGUCAGCACCGAGAACCAGGCUGUGUGCAAGGAGACCCAGCACAUCAUGGCGCGGCCCAUGGACAAGUUUGACCGUGAUACCGCCGACCCGUUCUUCCAGCAGCAGGUGCCCCUCGCGGCCCACGCGGGAGUGGCGACGGAUCUUGGUGUCCAGAACAACGCGCAGUACAAGAGUAUGAAGGAGGGUUACCCGAGAGAUGGUAUGCCGUACGUGACUUGGCGGGAGUCGGUCGCCAAGCUUAAGGGUUUGGACCAGUGGAAGAAGAAGUUGGUUUCUCUCGGCUCCGAGGCCGAGGCCGUCCAGGACCUGGACAAGGGCGGCAUCGGGACCUACGUCUUUCGUUUUCUGACGGCGGACGGCGAGAUUUCAGAUGUUGCCUUGCAGCCGGUUUGCUUCUUGACGGGAUUCGUGCUCGUUUCUUGGAGGCAGUGGAUCAUCUCGGGCUUGCACUUACUCGAGUUGUGGAUCAGGCAUAUCCAGUUGCUUAGAGCACUGGUCGCAGUCAAGUUCGUAGCUCCCCUGGCGGCGGCCGCGCCGCACGGCGCCGCGGCCAUGUGCGGCCCGUCGACGGGCCCCAGGGCCCCCGCCGCGAGGAGGGCGGCCGGCGGCGGGGUGCAGCCGCCAGCCGAUGCCAAGGAGGCGCCCGCAGCCGUCGGCAGGGUCGCGCCGCGCGGUGCCGCGGCCAGGUGCGUGCCGUCGACGGGCCCGGGGCCCCCCAGCGCGAGGAGCGAGCUCUGCGGCAGCGCACGGCCGCCGGCCGAUGUCACGGAGGUGCCCGCAGCCGGCGGCGGGGCCGGGCGCGACCCCGCGGUGGACGAGGCGGUCGACCGCGACGCACUGGUGGGCGCGCUGGCCCUCGUGCUGAACCGCUUGCCUCGGGUGGAUUCGGGCUUCGACGCCAGAAGGGUUCCCUCGAUCCCUAUCUGGGCCUACCUUCGGCGGGUGUCGGACCACUUCGACUGUAGCAGCGCGUGCCUGAUCGCCAGCCUCGUGUACAUAGACCGGGCUGUGAAGCUGCACAGCUCCCACUUGGUUAGCGCCCGCAGCGUGCACCGUAUGCUGCUCGUCAGUAUGGUCCUGGCCGCCAAAUUCUUCGACGACGCCCACUACAAAAACGAACACUACGCGACUAUAGGCGGCAUCGACCUGCAGGAGCUGAACUUCCUCGAGGGGCGCUUUCUCCGCCUCAUCAACUGGCGGCUGCACAUCAUGGAUGAUGAGUACGACUUGUACAAAAGCCACGUGCUCCUCGCAGCUAAGUGCUACCCGUAG